GUGACGGCGCCGGGGCCGCUCCCGGGCGGGGCGGGGCCGGGCCGGACCCGCUGCUCCGCGGCCCCUCAGAUGCCAUGUUGCCUCAGAGGAGGGGACAGAUGCCUUCCAGAGCAGCCAUGAGCAGUUACUGGAAAGUCCUGGGGAUUUUCCUGCUCUCUGUUCCGAGCGUGCCGUGUCUCCAGGCAGCGCAGCCUGGGGUGCUGCUGGUGUCCUUUGACGGCUUUCGCUGGGAUUACAUCUACAGGGUGCCCACCCCCAACUUCCACCAUGCCAUGGAGAGCGGGGUGCACAUCAGGCAGGUGACAAACGUGUUCAUCACCAAGACCUACCCCAACCACUACACCCUGGUGACAGGGCUCUAUGCUGAGAGCCACGGCAUCGUGGCCAACGAGAUGUAUGACCCUGUCCUGAACGAAACCUUCUCCCUGAACAAAAUGAACACCCACAACUCCAAGUUCUGGGAAGAGGCCAGUCCAAUAUGGGUGACAAACCAGAGGGAAGGACACAAAUCUGGUGCUGCUAUGUGGCCUGGAACAGAUGUGAAGAUACAUGGAGUCUUGCCUACACAUUACAUGCCCUACAAUGAAUCUGUUCCCUUUGAAGACAGGGUAGCAAAGCUCAUCGAAUGGUUUACAUCAGAAGAGCCCAUCAACUUUGGUCUCCUGUACUGGGAACAGCCUGAUGAGUCUGGACACUUUCUGGGCCCAGAGAGCCCAUUGAUGGGAGCAGUAAUCCGUGACAUUGACAGAAAGCUGGGAUAUCUCAUUUCUGAACUGAAGAAAGCAAAGCUGUGGGAUGUGAUCAAUGUCAUAGUCACGAGUGAUCACGGAAUGUCACAGUCGUCCUCAGAAAGGCUCAUUGAGCUUGAUCAGUACGUGAGCAGAGAGCUCUAUGCAGUCAUCGACCAUUCCCCUGCAGUUGCCAUUUUGCCAAAAGAAGGCAAACUGGAUGAAGUAUAUGAAGCUUUGGCCAACGCUCAUCCCAACAUGACUGUGUAUAAAAAGGAGCAGAUUCCAGAUAGAUUUCAUUACAAACACAACCGUAAAAUCCAGCCCAUCUUAGCAGUGGCUGAUAAAGGAUGGGAAAUUGUCCAGAACAAGACUGAUGGUUUUCUACUUGGUAAUCAUGGAUAUGACAACACUGUACCAGAAAUGCAUCCCAUUUUUUUGGCAGUUGGGCCUGCUUUCAGAAAGAAUGCCACCAAGCAAUUCAUGAAUGCUACAGACUUGUACCCCUUACUGUGCCAUCUGCUGGGCAUCAGCCCACUGCCCAACAAUGGUUCCUUCAGUGCUGUGAAGGAUAUACUUGCUGAGAAAGUUCCUGGAGGCCGUGGUGCAGAUUCCUACUCCACUGUGGUAGGAGUGUUCCUGGGCAGCUUGCUUGUUUUUGUUUUUACUGCCGUUUUUGUUAAGCAUUUUGUCCUUGCCCAAGCAAAUUCCAUGCAAAUCCGACACACUGAAGCUGCCCAGCCACUGCUGCAAGAUUAAUAACAGCUGGGAUUAUUUCCUCUUUGAGGCUUAAAAUAAGCCUAUACAAAGAAAAUAAACAAUGGAGGUGGAUUAGCAUGAAAUGUGGAGUGAAAGGAGAUGGGUGCUGAUCCAUUGCAACCAGGGAUGGAGAGAGAGCAGGUUCCUGUUUCACACUGCAGCCACUUCAACUUGCAGGGCUUGAAGAUAUCCUGGGUAAACCUGGGAAGCUGUGUGUGUAUGUAGACCUGUAGUGACAAUAGACCUCAAAUACCUUAUUAUGGCUGUUUUUAGGGAAAUAACAUCAACUGGGGUGCACCUCACAGACUGUUAAAGGUGAUUUCAUUCCUCACCCUCUUUUUUGUUCUAUGAGGGGUUUUUUGAGUCUUUUUGAUUUUAACAAGUCACUGAAUAGUACUAAACUUCUUUGUUAGUAUUUUCCUUCCCUGCCCAAGGAAGCUUUUGCACAGAUCACAUUACAGAUAACUUGGUGGGUUAAAUCCUACAGGAAAGAACAUGAUUAUUCAGCUAGGUCAUGCAGUGCUGGGUGUCUAAGUUUAGUUACAUAUAUUUCUUCAAAUUAUUGUGUUAACUGCAGCCCCAAAAUACAAAUCUUAAGUGGUAUUGCCUUUAGCAAUCAGCAUUGAACUGCUUGAUGCUUAAUGUUUUAAAAAUUUAUUUAAGUAAAUAAAGGUUUUUACCACUUUAGAUAUGAUUUCAGGUAAAUGUAGGUCAUUACUUUUUUUAAUUUCCUGUGCACUGCACUAAAUUUUGUAGGAGCUCCAUGCAGCUGGCAGGAUAAAGACAUGUACAAGCACCACACCUGUAUAUCCAGAUGGAGUCUUUUGUAUUUCUGUGGUACUAAGGGAGGUGAAUAAGGUAAGGAACAAGGUUGCUCAGGCUGGUUUCAGAAUGUUGUCAGGCUUGUCCCUGGUCUGCUACUGGAGAUUCUGAGUUUGACUUGUGACUUGUGUUUUAUCUGCUCUGUCUGGGUAGGCCUUGGAAUGGGAUGAUCAGGAUUACACGUGCAGUUUAAGGGGCAGCUGUAUAAAUCUUAAGCCAUAAAUGUUCUCAAAUCUGAAAAAGCACACUUUAAUAAUUAAAAAAAAGGUGUAACCUGGAGUUUAAUUUUCCAGAGGAAAACCUCUGUCAGGGAAAAAUAUUAAUUCUGAGUAAACAAAAGUACAUAUUCUCAUUGUGUGUGGCAAUAAAUCUUCUUGCUAGUGUAGCUGUGAGGUUUUUUGUGAGCUCACUUAAAUGGUGAGAAUCUGCUGACUAAAUUUUGUAUGAAAAACGUUCUGAAGUGAGAAAAGUUGUCUAUUGUCAGACUCCUCCUCCUCUCCCUGUGAGAUGAGAGAAUAUUUCUCAGCACUUUGUUGCUGAGCACAAUGCCUGAAGGAGAAAGAAACGUUCAAAAUCAGUGCAGAAGUAGCAGACUGGGUGUUUUAAAUUCAGUUUAUGUCUGUAUCCACAGCCCCCAGCAGAGGGCAAGGAUGGGAACUCUUGGGCUUUGGAUGUGCUCUGCCAAACCAAGGGCACGACAGUCAGUUCUGCAAGGGGAGGGCUGGGGUACAAAACUCCUUUAGCUGGGCUGAGCUCCAGACUUAAUGAAGAUCUGUUGUGGUUGUCUGUGAUGGCAGGGACACUUGUUUAGCACCAAGCUGUUCCUGCAGACAGAUGUGGACAUUUCCUGAGGCCACAAAUUGGGUCCAGGAAAUGCUUCAGAGAGAAGGCAAUGAAAUAGCCCAACUUAAGGGUUGUGCUGAAAGUUCAGCUGUAAUUGUAGCUUUAGGAAGGCAGGAAAAAUGCAGGUCUUUUGGAAGACAGCCCUUGAUAUGGGGGAUGUAUAUGAAAUCCUGUGAACUCCAGCUGACUCAGUGCUGUGAACUGCCUUGCUUUCCUGCAUUGCCAUAUUCUUAAGGAAACACUGAAGGAAAAGGUCUGUGGGGCUGAUUCUUGGUGCAGCUGGCCCUUAGCUGUGCCUGAAGCUGAAUUUGCUGGCACAGGUAAACCUGAGGGCUGCAGGGGCUCCAGCUGAACCACAACACCAGUAAGGUGCUCACAGCAGUUUUCAGAGACCAGGGAAUCUGAGCACAAACCCCAAACCUCUGAGUUGUUGAUAAUCCCUUCCCUACCCACCUCCCAAAAAGUGGAUGGCACACAGCAAACUGAUGCACUGAGUCCACCUUUUCUUGCUUAUUUGCAGCUUAAAAAUGAAUUAUAGCACAAUGGUAUUGUGUGUUUAAAGGAAGAUUGCAGACUUUGUUAAGGCAAUAACAGUGACAAUUGUCAUAACACCAUAACCCUCACCUCUUGCUUCUGCUUUGGAACAUGUUGCUUUAGUAGAAAUUCUUCUUAUUGCAGUAAUUUCAUAGCAGUGAUCAUGGCAGAUGUAACAAUAACUGGGUUGUAAUCUCAGAGCUUUUCCUUAAACCCCACUUUAAUUGUGGCAAGUGUAGUUCUAUCAUCAGCCAAAGUGACCCUUGAUUUUAAGGAGGAGGCAAAGUUUAUCAGUGUUGAUCAGUCAUUUGGGACUUAGAUUUACCUGCCCAGAUAUGCAGCAAGGACAGAGCAGUAGGUUUCCCUCAACAAAGGGUUUGGUAACAAUAAUGCCAGAAUAGGCUGGGGACACAAAUGUGAGAAUUGUUGAUGUCAUUGUUCUGUAUGCACUGUGAGGCCUUUCUUUGAGGAGGGCAAAAUAAAACUUUGUAAAAAAAUGAAGGGAAUCUUGUAGCAUUUGGGUAUUUCAGAUUAGGGUCAAACAUUUCCUUUAUUCUUAGGUCUAUUUGCAGGCACCUCUUGGGUAGUUCCUUGUUAGGACAU